UCUAAGGUAUUGUCAACACGUGUAUCUUUUCAUAAGUACUAUUUGAUACUAUUUCUGUUUAUCUAAUAGUAUAAUUAUACAAAAAAGUAAAAUUUAGUCAAAAACAAAAUUUAAAAUAAAUAGGAAACGAAUUCAUGAUUGUCAUAAGUUUGUAACAUAUUUGUAGUAUUUUAGAUUAAUCUUGAGUUAAAAUGGAAGAAACAUCGCAGCAAAAGCAAGACUGUGAUGGAACGUCUAGUCUUAAUAUUAUUGCUGUACAAUAUGGAGACACUGAUUCAGAUGCAGAAGAAAUAAAAACAGAUUCUACAACUGAAAAUCAACACACUGUGUCACAAAUACCAACACAGACUGUACAGCAAUAUCGUACAGUUGAAGAAACUUUAUCAUCAUGCGAAGAAAUUGAUAGUGAAGAUGAUUCUAAUAGUAGCAUUGAUGUCAGUAGCAGCAGCAGCAGCAGCAGCAGUAGUAGUAGUAGUAGUAGUAGCAGUAGCAGCAGCAGCAGCAGUAGUAGUGAUAGUGACUCAGAAGAUUUUGCAAGUACUAAUAACAGAAAAAAUGAAAACAAGGCGAGCAAAGCAAAGCAAAAGGAUAAAUAUGUAAAUGAGCUAGAUGAUCUUCCACCAAUAGAAGACUUACAUAUUAGUGUCCCUGAAGUUUUAUGUAAUCCAUUAGGCGAGAUCGAAAAAAUAGUAGAACAAUUGGUAAUCGUAAAACCAAAGCCUGGUGAACCUACGCUUAAUUUGGACACAGUUUUAUUUGUGAACAAAGGAACAAAAGCACUUGGCAAAAUAUUCGACGUAUUUGGGUCCGUGAAUAAUCCGCAUUACUGUGUUCGCUUUAACGACGCUGAACAUAUACAAGAAAAUGGCAUUAAAGUGGGCAUGCAAGUUUAUUAUUGCCCGAGUAAUACUGAAUACACGUCUCUUGUUUUCCUGCAUGAGUUAACAAAGAUAAAAGCUUGCGAUACAGUUGGCGAUGACGAGUCGCCAGAUUUUUCAAAUGAUGAGGAUGAACAAGCAUAUGAAAAGCAAAGAAAACAGAAGAAUAACAAAGAUUCUUCUGAUGGUAAGACGCAGAAGCGACAACGUCGGAUGGGCUCUUACAAUAAUACAACAAUGAGCUGGCAAUCGAAUCAUCCGUGGAAUCAAAAUAGAAAUGUUCAUUCUCCGAGAUAUAAUCGAAAGAGGCAGCAUAACUGGAGAGAUAAUUCUGCACAGGAUGGCUCAUAUUCCUAUAAUGAAUCUUGGCAACAAUAUCCAUAUCAAAAUAAUGCUUAUUGGCAGCCAAUUCCAGAGAAUGUGUAUCUGAUGUCCAAUAGACCACAUGAAGACUACAGAACAUCACAUGACAGAUCGUAUUUGCAACAAUAUGGCAAUUCAAGUACUUCAGACGGUGCAAACCAAUAUUAUCAAAAUGUCGAGUCUAAUUUCCAAAGUAACAAUACACAAAAUCAAUAUCCUAGAAUUUUCUUCGGCGCUCCUCCGAGAUUCAAUUCAUGCCCACCCGCAAUGACAAAUUACCAAUUUCCUAGUGCGUCAUAUUCGUAUAUGCCUUCUUAUUCGAACUAUGCACAACCACCAGUGCCAACGACGAAUACUAAUUCACAUUGGUCUGCACCAGUUCCUCCGUCUUCUUCAGAUACAAAGGAUAGUACGAAGUAAUAAUAAAAGGUAUUAAUAAAAAGAAGCAUUCAAUCAUUUGAGUGAAUUUGAAUCGAUACUCUAUGUCAAUUCAAUGAUUUAAUACUUGUUUUUAUUAAUAUCUUUUAUACUUUCAUAAAAAAUAUUUUUCAUUUUCAAUAUUUAUAAUGUUAAAGUACAAAAAUGUAAUUUUAUGAAUAUAAUUAUGAAAUUUGUCUAUAUUUUUUCUAAAUUUAUUAUUAAUUUUGAUUAUAUAUUCUCCAUGAUCACAACAUGUAUAUAUACGUAUGUCAUUAUCUCAGUCUUUUAAUCUUUUAUUAGAGAUAUAUGGUGACCCCCUCUAAGAUACGUUUUUUACAAUUUACACAGAUAAUUUACUGUUUAAACGCUAGUUCCUAAGAAAAGUUCUCGUGGCAAAAUAUUCUCGGUGGUUGUCAUUACUUUCUGAGAGAUAGCGAUCGAAUAAAAUCAGAUGCUUCUGAUCAGUCGAAAUUGAACCUGAGUUUUCGGCGCAGACAGCAGACGCACAAUUCUACGCCAUAAUCGCUACACAUGUUAUGUAUAUACACGUAUGUAGAUAUUUUAAUAAAUAUACAACUAAAAGUAACAAAAA